AUGGAGGCGGGGUCGGGGCCCCCGGGCGGCCCGGGAUCCGAGAGCCCCAACCGGGCGGUGGAGUACCUGCUGGAGCUGAACAACAUCAUAGAGAGCCAGCAGCAGCUGCUGGAGACCCAGCGGCGGCGCAUCGAAGAGCUGGAGGGCCAGCUGGACCAGCUCACCCAGGAGAACCGCGACCUGCGGGAGGAGAGCCAGCUGCACCGCGGGGAGUUGCACCGGGACCCCCACGGCGCGCGGGAUAGCCCGGGCCGCGAGAGCCAGUACCAGAAUCUGCGUGAGACCCAGUUUCACCACCGCGAGCUGCGGGAGAGCCAGUUCCAUCAGGCGGCCCGGGACGUGGGCUACCCGAACCGGGACGGCGCCUACCAGAACCGGGAGGCUGUGUAUCGGGACAAGGAGAGGGACGCCUCCUACCCGCUCCAGGACACUACCGGCUACACAGCCCGCGAGCGCGACGUGGCCCAGUGCCACCUGCACCACGAGAACCCAGCCCUGGGUCGCGAGCGUGGCGGGCGGGAGGCUGGGCCAGCGCACCCGGGCCGCGAGAAGGAAGCCGGCUACUCGGCGGCGGUGGGCGUGGGGCCGCGGCCGCCGCGGGAGCGGGGCCAGCUGAGCCGUGGCGCAUCCAGGAGCUCCAGCCCCGGCGCCGGCGGAGGCCACAGCACCAGUACCAGCACCAGCCCGGCUACAACCCUUCAGAGAAAAUCUGAUGGUGAAAAUUCCAGAACAGUCAGUGUGGAGGGUGAUGCCCCAGGCAGUGACCUGAGCACAGCGGUUGAUAGUCCUGGGAGCCAGCCCCCCUACCGGCUGAGCCAGCUGCCUCCCACCAGCAGCCACAUGGGGGGCCCCCCUGCUGGGGUGGGCCUUCCCUGGGCUCAGCGGGCUCGCCUCCAGCCGGCCAGUGUCGCCCUGAGGAAGCAGGAGGAGGAGGAGAUAAAGCGCUCCAAGGCCUUAUCGGACAGCUAUGAACUCUCCACGGACCUGCAGGAUAAGAAGGUGGAAAUGCUGGAGAGGAAGUAUGGGGGCUCCUUCCUGAGCCGCAGGGCUGCCAGGACCAUCCAGACAGCCUUCCGCCAGUACCGCAUGAACAAGAACUUCGAGCGGCUCCGCAGCUCCGCUUCGGAAAGUCGCAUGUCCCGCCGUAUCAUCCUUUCCAACAUGCGGAUGCAGUUCUCCUUCGAGGAGUACGAGAAGGCACAGAACCCCGCGUACUUCGAGGGCAAGCCUGCCUCGCUGGACGAGGGUGCCAUGGCUGGUGCCCGGAGUCAUCGGCUUGAACGGGGGCUCCCGUAUGGAGGCUCCUGUGGUGGGGGCAUUGAUGGCGGUGGAAGCUCUGUCACCACGUCUGGAGAGUUCUCCAAUGACAUCACAGAGCUUGAAGACUCCUUCUCCAAACAGGUCAAGUCUCUGGCUGAAUCCAUCGACGAGGCCCUAAACUGCCACCCCUCAGGGCCCAUGUCCGAGGAGCCAGGGUCAGCCCAACUGGAGAAGCGGGAAUCAAAAGAACAGCAGGAGGACAGCUCGGCCACAUCCUUCAGUGACCUUCCCCUCUACCUGGAUGACCCAGUGCCCCCACAGUCCCCUGAACGACUGCCCAGUGCAGAGCCCCCACCCCAGGGCCGACCCGAGUUCUGGGCACCAGCUCCUCUCCCACCAGUUCCACCACCAGUGCCACCAGGGACCCGGGAAGAUGGGAGCCGUGAGGAAGGCACUCGCAGGGGUCCCGGGUGCCUGGAAUGCCGGGAUUUCCGGCUGCGGGCUGCCCACCUUCCCCUGCUCACCAUUGAGCCUCCUAGUGACAGCUCCGUGGACCUGAGUGACCGCUCGGAUCGCGGCUCUGUCCACCGCCAGCUGGUGUACGAGGCUGAUGGCUGCAGCCCCCACGGGACCCUCAAGCACAAGGGGCCACCAGGCAGGGCCCCCAUCCCACACCGCCACUACCCAGCCCCUGAGGGCCCAGCUCCAGCCCCGCCAGGUCCCCUGCCCCCAGCCCCCAACAGUGGCACUGGGCCCAGUGGUGUGGCUGGGGGUCGGAGGCUGGGGAAAUGCGAGGCAGCAGGCGAGAACUCUGAUGGUGGAGACAAUGAGAGCCUGGAGAGCUCCAGCAAUUCCAAUGAGACCAUCAACUGCAGCUCCGGCUCCUCUUCUCGGGACAGCCUGAGGGAGCCCCCAGCCACUGGCCUGUGCAAGCAGACGUACCAGCGGGAGACCAGGCACAGCUGGGACUCGCCAGCCUUCAACAAUGACGUGGUGCAAAGGCGGCACUACAGAAUCGGCCUCAACCUCUUCAAUAAGAAGCCAGAGAAGGGCAUCCAGUAUCUCAUCGAGCGGGGCUUCCUGUCAGAUACACCAGUUGGAGUGGCCCAUUUCAUCCUGGAGCGGAAAGGCCUGAGCCGGCAGAUGAUAGGGGAAUUCCUAGGGAACCGGCAGAAGCAGUUCAACAGAGAUGUGUUGGACUGUGUAGUAGAUGAGAUGGACUUCUCCUCCAUGGAUCUGGAUGAUGCACUCCGCAAGUUCCAAUCCCAUAUCCGGGUUCAGGGCGAAGCCCAGAAAGUGGAGCGCCUCAUCGAAGCCUUCAGCCAGCGGUACUGUGUCUGUAACCCAGCCCUCGUCCGCCAGUUCCGGAACCCAGACACCAUCUUCAUCCUUGCUUUUGCCAUCAUCCUUCUCAAUACUGACAUGUACAGUCCCAGUGUCAAGGCCGAACGCAAGAUGAAAUUAGAUGACUUCAUCAAGAACCUAAGAGGGGUUGACAAUGGUGAAGACAUCCCCCGAGACCUCCUGGUGGGCAUUUAUCAGCGCAUCCAGGGCCGUGAACUUCGGACCAAUGAUGACCAUGUGUCCCAGGUGCAGGCUGUGGAGCGCAUGAUUGUUGGCAAGAAACCGGUCCUGUCUCUUCCUCACCGUCGCCUGGUUUGCUGCUGCCAGCUCUACGAGGUGCCAGAUCCUAACCGCCCCCAGAGGCUAGGGUUGCAUCAGCGGGAGGUCUUCCUCUUCAAUGAUCUCCUCGUGGUCACCAAGAUUUUCCAGAAGAAGAAGAUCUUGGUGACGUACAGCUUCCGUCAGUCCUUUCCCCUGGUGGAAAUGCACAUGCAGCUCUUUCAGAAUUCAUAUUACCAGUUUGGGAUCAAGUUGCUGUCUGCAGUGCCAGGUGGUGAGCGCAAAGUCCUCAUCAUCUUCAAUGCCCCCAGCCUCCAGGACCGGCUGCGCUUCACAUCGGACCUGCGCGAGUCCAUCGCGGAGGUGCAAGAGAUGGAGAAAUACCGCGUGGAGUCCGAGCUGGAGAAACAGAAAGGUAUGAUGCGGCCUAACGCCUCACAGCCUGGAGGGGCCAAGGACUCGGUGAAUGGGACGCUGGCCCGCAGUAGCCUGGAGGACACUUAUGGGGCAGGCGAUGGGCUCAAACGGGGCGCACUCAGCAGUUCCCUGCGAGACCUCUCUGAUGCAGGGAAGCGGGGGCGGCGUAACAGCGUGGGAUCGCUGGACAGCACCAUCGAAGGGUCUGUUAUUAGCAGUCCACGCCCUCACCAGAGGAUGCCACCUCCGCCCCCACCCCCGCCGCCAGAGGAGUACAAGAGCCAGAGGCCCGUCUCCAACUCCUCAUCCUUCCUGGGCUCCCUAUUUGGAAGCAAGCGGGGCAAGGGGCCUUUCCAGAUGCCACCACCACCGCCAACAGGCCAGGCCUCUGCCUCCUCUUCAUCUGCUUCUUCCACUCACCACCACCACCACCACCACCACCAUGGUCACAGCCACGGUGGCCUGGGGGGGCUGCCUGACGGGCAGUCCAAGCUCCAGGCCCUGCAUGCCCAGUAUUGCCAAGGACCAGGCCCUGCCCCACCGCCCUACCUCCCACCACAGCAACCCCCUCUACCCCCACCUCCUCAGCAACCCCCACCCCUGCCCCAGCUGAGUUCCAUUCCGCCACCUCCCGCCUCAGCCCCACCCGUGGGGCCACAUCGCCACUUCCAUGCCCACGGCCCAGUCCCAGGGCCUCAGCACUAUACCUUGGGCCGGCCAGGCAGGGCUCCCAGACGGGGAGCUGGAGGACACCCUCAGUUUGCUCCACAUGGCCGCCACCCCCUGCACCAGCCCACGUCCCCUCUGCCCUUGUACAGUCCUGCCCCCCAGCACCCUCCUGCCCACAAACAGGGCCCCAAGCACUUCAUCUUCAGUCACCACCCACAGAUGAUGCCAGCAGCAGGAGCAGCUGGGGGCCCUGGAUCCCGGCCGCCGGGGAGCUCCUACUCACACCCCCACCACCCCCAGUCGCCUUUGUCACCGCACUCACCCAUCCCACCCCACCCCUCCUACCCACCCCUGCCCCCGCCCUCACCCCACACCCCGCACUCACCCCUGCCGCCCACCUCCCCCCACGGCCCGCUGCACGCCUCUGGGCCCCCCGGCACUGCCAACCCACCCAGUGCAAACCCCAAGGCCAAGCCAAGCCGGAUCAGCACCGUGGUCUGAUGAAUGGAGAGAGUGAGCUGGGCAACCAGAGAUCUGGGGGAUCCACAGGCGAGGGACCUUGGGGCCUCUCUGCUUCCUCAGUGUUUUCCGAAUAUAUAUACCCAUAGCAGUGUCCUCCUACCCACUUCCUCCCUGCCUCGGGACCCCUUCUCCAAGCCCCAGCAGUUGCCAUGGGCUUCCCUUCUGGGGCUGAGGACCCUUACCACUUACAGCCUGGACUCAGGGCACCCCAGUGCUGGGGAGUGGUGAGGGCCUUGCAGAGAUCCUCACCGUCUUUUUUUCCUGUCUUCCUCUCCUAAAUCCCUUUUCCCUGGAGGUCUGGCUCCGUGGCCUCAGACCUCAGACCUCCAGGCCAGUGUGAGUUUGCUCUCAGCUCUGGCCCGGUGGAGAGGAGGGUUGGGGAACAAGGGCAGGCGUCCCAAGCUAUAGGGGGCGAAGGCUCCUCCAAGGCUCCUCUGGCCAUCGGGGGGGGGGGGGGGUAGUGAGGAGAGAACACUAUAGAGAGAGAGUCCUGGCCAAAACUCAGCUGGCCCGGCCCAUCUCUCUGACUUCAGGGCCUGGCCACACACCUCCAUGUGUCUUUCUGCCUGCUGGAGGACACAGACUGUCAAUGCACUGGGUGGGUGGGACCCCGCUUAUGCUGGCCCCCAUCUGGGGCAGUGCUUCCUCUCUCUCGAGCCAGUCUAUGCCCUCUCUCCAGUAGGCCCCAGCCCAGACCUCUUCAGCUUCAGGAACUUGCCUUGCCCUGCAGACCUUCUUAUCCUGAUCACAGUUCAGACAGAUAUCGCCCACACACACCUCGCUGGGGCAGGGCACCCAGCAUCAGCCCUGGGGAGAGAGGCUCCCAGAGGGCCACCAUGAGCCCAAGAUGUCCUUCCUGAGGCUGAUCUUGAAGCCAUCAGAGCCGGGGCUGGGAGCCAGGAUGCUUGAGUCCUUCUGUCCGUCAGAAUCUCCGCUGCCUCUCCAGCCCUUUUGCAGCCCUGUUUAUUUAUUAUAAAUAUAUUUUUUACAAGCCCCAGCUCCUCUUCUUGCCCCCACAUAGCCAGCUCCUUUCUUGGUUCCUGCCUCUCUCCCCCCUCUCCACCAUGGGCUGCAGUACAGACAGACAGACGGACCCUGGCUGGAUGAAGGGCCAGGGACCCUGCGGGCUUGGGGGAGGGGGAGGGUGGCAGUGGGAGGGGCUGUAUGGAGAGGAGCUGGGGUUCAGGCAUUGUCUUUUUUCCUCUGUGUAUAUAAGAAUGUAUAUUUGAUGCCUCAUAAAAGACCUUGUGCUC